UGCGAAUUAUGAGACACUGAUUUUAGCUUCCCUCUGCCUUCCUGUCCAUGGCAAUAUCCACAGCUUUCUCUCACUUCCAUUCCCCAUUGCUCUCCCCUCUUCUUCCCGCCAAACACCAUGAAAAUCUCUUCCCCUCUCUCUCCCAGCCAAGCGUGUCUCACCAUAAAUUCGACCGUUGCGGUUUAUUGAACGUUGGUUCCCGCCAAAAACCACUCAAUUCGGUAGAUUCCGGUGUCAAUUUGAUUUCAGAUCCUCCUCCGACAAGCGGGGAGGACUCUUCUUCAGUCAGCACAGAGCCUAUGGUUCCUCCUUACAACGUAUUGAUCACUGGCUCAUCCAAAGGAAUAGGGUAUGCACUAGCUAAAGAGUUUCUAAAAGCAGGUGACAAUGUCAUGAUUUGCUCAAGAUCAGCUGAAAGGGUGGAAUCUGCUCUCCAGAGCUUAAGAGGGGAAUUUGGGGAGCAGCAUGUGUGGGGUACCACAUGUGAUGUUAGAGAGGGGCAGGAUGUGAAGAAUUUAGUUGCAUUUGCACAACAAAACCUGAAGUACAUUGAUAUAUGGAUUAAUAAUGCAGGGUCAAAUGCAUAUAGUUUUAAACCACUGGCAGAAGCUUCAGAUGAAGAUCUUAUAGAAGUUGUCACUACAAAUACUCUUGGUUUGAUGAUAUGUUGUCGAGAGGCAAUAAAAAUGAUGCUGAAGCAGCCUCGAGGUGGUCAUAUUUUCAAUACUGACGGAGCUGGUUCAGAUGGAAGACCAACCCCCAGGUUCCUUUGUCGAACUCAACGUCAUGGGAUUUGUACACCCUUCUUGUCGAAGGCUCCAUAUACCUUUACAAUUUUUUCUAAAUGGAAGAUCCAACAAAUACACAAUUGCCUUAUUGUCCAACUUCCCUUUGGAUGGUUCAGAUUUGCAGCAUAUGGGGCGACUAAGCGCAGUGUGGUGCAUUUAACGAAGUCAUUACAGGCAGAAAUGCGGAUGCAAGACGUUAAAAAUGUCGUGGUGCAUAACCUAUCGCAGCCAGGAAUGGUCACAACUGAUCUUCUCAUGUCUGGUGCUACCACGAAGCAGGCUAAGUUUUUCAUUAAUGUUUUGGCAGAAACGGCCGAAGUGGUUGCUGAGUACCUUGUCCCAAGCAUCAGAUCCAUCCUUACCAAUGGAACAACAAAGCCCACUUACAUUCGUUUCCUUACCGGGUUGAAAGCUUACUCGCAGAUUUUCUCAAGACUUGCUUUUGGUGCAAGAAGGAAUAGAUAUCUCCUUGAAGAAUGAUGAGGAUUGGAGGUCAAAUGUGCUUAUAUAACAAGUUUUUCAUUAAGAUUUGCUGAUUUAUUUGUUGUUGUGAAUUUUCCAUAAAUUUUUAAUCAUUUGUAUUAAAAAAAAAAAAAACUAAUUUGUUUCUUUUUGUUCA